UUGUUUCCAAUAAUCAUACAUGAAAGUAUAUUUUUCGAAUAGCAGCGACAGAUUCUAGACUCGAUAUUGAGCAUAGCAAUAAUAGUGAAGAUUUUAUGGAAUAUCCAUCGUCCUCGGAAGUAGCAAUAGAAGAAAAUAUUAUAAUUGGAAAAAUACAUUUCUUUGAUGAUAGAAUGCUUGCUUGCAUGGAUAAAUCUAAAAUUUCUACUAGAGAUGCGAUUCAUUUCAUAAGUGCAACAGCAGCUGCUUUAGGUCAUCGCGUAGAAGAUCUUGUUUUGAAUCGUACAACUGUCCACCUGAUAAGAAAAGAAUACCGACGCAGAAAAGCGCAUGAUAUUUUGAAGAAUUUCGAUAUCCCUCAAGUUUUUGUAUUCCAUUGGGAUGGAAAACUUCUACCAAAAAUGAAGGGUAAAAAAAAGGUUGAUCGACUUGCUCUUGUCGUCACAGGAGAAAAAACCGAAAAUAUACUUGGUAUUUCGAAACUAGAUAACAGCACUGGUAACAAAAUCGCACAUGCAAUUCAUCAAUUUUUAAUUACUUGGGAAUUAAACAACUUAGUUGAAUUUAUUUGCCUUGAUACAACAAGUUCUAAUACUGGUAUUCAAAAGGGUGCCGCCUUUUUGCUCGAGCAGAAAUUGGGGCGUGAAUUACUUUUUCUCCAUGCUGCCAUCAUAUCAACGAAAUAUUUCUAAAAGCUGUUUUUGA